AUGCUUUCGGCUGCAGGAUUGUCUGGUGGAGUUACAAAUGGAAAAUCGAAAACUCUGGGUCUUGCACCAGGUAGAGUUAGGUCUGUUCUUCAGCCUCCGCCAAAUGACCCUACUGCUGCUGCUAAGACUUCUGUCAAGGGAGCCAAGGAAAAUGCAAGGCACUCGACUAUUGCUUUUUCAGAUCUCUCUCAACUUGACAAUCUUCAUUUUUAUGUCAUCAAGGAAUCUUCCUUCUACUGCUGGCUGGGUGAAAUUUUGACAGACAACACAUGGAUUGAUCUUGUUUUGUAUGGUGGAUCUCCGUGUUCGCUGUUGUACUAG